AUGCGGGAUGCCGCAGUCCAUAUGCAACAGCUGGAAGACACAGAGGCAGUGUCCGUACAGGGGAUUUUUGAUCCCGACAGUGGCAAUGAUGAUGUAUGGGUGUCACAGCAGCUGAGGGAGUUCAAUGUGAAUGCAGAUGAUCAGGAGGCGGUGAUUGAAUUUUUGAGACAGAAGGUUGAGGGGCAGGGCAUCGAGCACAACCAGCUGAUGGAGAUGUUUUGUUGGCUGCGAGGGAUAUAUCAGGAGGCAGAGAGGGGGAAGAUCGAGUCAGAGGGUGGGGGUGGAAUGGACGUCCAUUCCAUUCAGGGCCGUAGUGGAUAUGAAAUACAACAUAUCCAAAUCAAAAGCGAUAAUUCCGCCGGGAAGGGGUUACAUUGUGGUGUCAAAGUCAAUGAGUUGAGGCAACGGAGCGGUGCAAAGCGGUGCAAGAUCAACAAAGUAAAUUAA